CCAGGUUGGAGUGGUCAUCACGAUCUUAUAAAACAAAUCUGACUGUUUGCACUUUACUUCGUUUCAUUCUCUCAAACACCAAACCCAAGUGAUUAUGUGUUCCUUCAAAACAUGGUUCAAUUUGUUCAUCAUUUUCCUUGCCUCGGCUGCAACACCCAUCUUCUCAUUAACAGAUUCCCCAAAUCAACUCUCCACAAACUUUCUAGAAAUUGCCAAGAAACCUGAAGUAUUUGAUUGGAUGGUGAAAAUCAGAAGGAAGAUUCAUGAGAAUCCAGAAUUGGGUUAUGAGGAAUUUGAGACCAGUAAACUCAUUAGAGAGGAAUUGGAUAAACUGGGUGUCCCCUAUAAACACCCAGUUGCUGUCACUGGUAUUAUUGGCUUCAUUGGGACAGGAAAGUCACCUUUUGUUGCAAUAAGAACUGAUAUGGAUGCACUUCCCAUCCAGGAAAUGGUGGAGUGGGAGCACAAGAGUAAAGUACCUGGAAAGAUGCACGCAUGUGGUCAUGAUGCUCAUGUCGCUAUGCUUCUUGGGGCAGCAAAGAUUCUCAAACAACAUGAAAAACAGUUGCAGGGAACUGUUGUUCUUGUUUUUCAACCAGCAGAGGAAGGAGGUGCAGGGGCUAAGAAAAUUUUAGAUGCUGGAGCCUUAGAUAAUGUUACUGCUAUCUUUGGAUUACAUGUGACGCCUGACAUUCCAGUAGGUGAAGUGGCCUCUAGGUGUGGUCCAUUAUCGGCAGGAAGUGGUGUAUUUGAAGCAAUAAUAAGAGGAAAGGGAGGUCAUGCAGCUCUUCCCCAACUUUCUAUAGACCCUGUGAUGGCAGCUACUAAUGUGAUUAUUAGCUUACAAAACCUUGUUUCUCGCGAGGCUGAUCCUCUUGAUCCUCAGGUUUUGACAAUUGCAAAGCUCCAAGGAGGUGAUGCUUUCAAUGUUAUUCCAGAUUAUGUCACAAUUGGUGGCACCUUCCGAGCUUUUUCUAGAGAAAGAUUGGAGCACCUUAAACAGCGCAUUGAGCAGGUUAUCAUUGGUCAAGCUGCUGUGCAGAGGUGCAAUGCAACUGUCAACUUCCUUGAUGAAGAGAAUCCUUUAUAUCCCCCAACUGUAAAUAACGGUGACCUGCACAAGUUUUUUGUUGAUGUAGCUGGGAAUUUGCUUGGUAUCAAUAAAGUUGACACUAACAUGGAACAAGACAUGGCCGCUGAAGACUUCGCAUUCUAUCAAGAGUUCAUACCUGGCUACUACUUCACUCUUGGAAUGGAGAUUGCUUCAUCUGAACCGGUUGCGCCAUUACACUCGCCCUAUCUUGUAAUCAAUGAAGAUGGACUUCCCUAUGGGGCUGCACUUCAUGCAUCACUGGCCACUGGCUAUCUAUAUCAGCAGGACGUAGCCAAGGUAGUCGGGAAAUAUCAUGAUCAAUUAUAAGUGUUAACAAUUGUUAAAAGCUAAUGCAGUCUUAUUUCUUGCAACAAUGACCUGAUAUGUGUCAUUGUUUUACAGUUUUAACAGUCACAUGGUUUAGAUUCCUAAGUGCUUUCCCUUUAAAGUCACUGGUUGUGCAUUUAGCUAAUGGGAAAAUGGGAGUAAUAAAGAUAAAAGGAGUGCUAGAAAUACCUGGAGACACAUAUUUUAGAGUUUAAUGAUGAUACAUUAAUCAUGUAAAAUAAUUUUUCACUUUAAUUCAAUUACUCAUAAAUUAUUAUUAA